UAUUGUUAUUAAAAAAAACUGAAAAAGUCAACCUUCAUUGUAAAAAAUAUUUAUAUAUGGAGAAACAAUAAUGCUUUGAGGUUGCAAUUACCGUGUAACUAAUUAAAAUAGACAAUUCAUUUACUCAACAAACUUCAGUUUAACAGUAUAUGUCAGCCCAUCACAUAACCCUCAUAUGAUUUGACAUUUUUAUCAUUGGUUUUGACUUUUUUUUUUUUGUCACGUGGUCACUCGUUUUUACAGGAAUAACUCAUUUUGCAGCGGUUUUAGACCGAACAAUCGCACUAAUCUGCGUCUGGUGCGAUGCGAGAACUGUUGUCCCCUGUCCAGCACCUUAGUAUAAAUGCCCAAUGAAAUAUGUAUGAGGAGAAGUGUGAAUGAUACGCCAUAUCGAUGACAGCGAGCGCUUCCGCAUCGUUAAAAGGGGUUCACUUGUCCUCCUGAGCUAGCAGGUGGUAGCAUCCAUAGACAUAAUGGUAGCCUCCACCACAUUUCGUCGGUCCCGGGGUGCAUUCAAGACACCUACGGUUCAGAAGCGUUUUUUCGCUCUGCAUAAGACAGUGUCGCCAGAGCGGUGUUCCAAUAAACAGGCGUUGAUUCUGAAAAAAAAAAAAAAAAAAUACAAAAAAAAAAAAAAGGAUAGUGUCGCAAGAGCUCCUCAGCGCGUACCGGCGUUUAUGAACACCGUAGAAACUCUGAACGAACACCUGCAAGUGGAAGUUUUUAUUAAAUUGGCCCACACAUAACUGCAGAGUAGACUACAGUUUUCUUGAAGGAUAUUUGCCUCUAAAGCGGUCAUCAUGGCAGUUGAUAUCCCUGGACUAGUAUCUGUAGUCAUUUUUUAUGUUUGCAUUCUGGCUAUUGGAGUAUGGGGAUCUCACAAAGCCAAAAAAGUGGAGAAGACCUGCCCUGGAAGCAAGAGUGAUGUUUCUAUUAUUGGUGGACGCAACAUCAGUGUCUUAGUUGGGAUUUUUACCAUGACAGCCACAUGGGUUGGUGGAGGUUAUAUCCUGGGAACUGCUGAAGCUGUUUAUUCUCCAAAUCAAGGUCUCAUCUGGGCUAUGGGCCCCCCUGCUUACUUUUUAAAUUUCUUUUUGGGCGGACUGUUUUUUGCCAAACCAAUGAGGUCCAAACGCUAUGUGACCAUGUUGGACCCGUUUCAGAAUCGCUACGGCAACACGUUCACUGCAGUUCUCUUGGUUCCUGCCAUUAUCAGUGACAUAUUAUGGGUAUCAUGCGUCCUUGCUGCGCUGGGAGGGACGAUGAGCGUCAUUCUGGGGCUGUCGUCGACCAUUUCCAUCAUCAUCUCUGCAGCUGUCUCCAUCAUCUACACGUUUCUCGGGGGCCUCUACUCAGUGGCAUACACUGAUAUCAUCCAGCUUUGUUUUAUCUUUGUCAGCCUGUGGCUCUGCAUUCCGUUUUUGGUGCUUAGCCCUGCAGUUGGUUCCAUCUCACAAACACUUCCUCUGAACCAGACGGUUGGACAUUCCUGGGUUGGACACCUGGAGUUGGAGGAUGCGGGAAAAUGGGUUGACCAAAUGCUGCUGAUGGUUCUUGGUGGACUUUCAUAUCAGGCUCUGUAUCAGAGAAUCCUCUCUGCAGCCUCAUCGGUUCAGGCUCAGAUCACAUGUUUUGCUGCUGCUGGAGCAGUUUUCCUUAUGGGAAUACCCUCAGUUGUAAUUGGAAUCCUGGCUGUCUCUGCAGACUGGAACCAGACAGAUUAUGGCUUACCCCCGCCUUUUGAGCGCGGGGAUUCAGGGAAGAUCCUUCCACUUGCUCUGCAACAACUGACACCCACCUGGGUCUCAGUGCUGGGCAUCGGUUCUGUGGCUGCGGCCGUAAUGUCCUCCAUGGAUUCAGCCCUGCUGUCCUCAGCAUCUUUGUUUACCAAAAACAUAUACAAGACCACUUUGAGGAGAUCGGCCUCAGAGAGGGAGCUGCAGUGGGUCAUCAAAGUCUCUGUGCUGAUUGUGGGCUUGGCUGGGAUGGGCUUGGCGUUCGGGGGCACCAGUGUGCUUGCUCUCUGGCUCAUGAGCGGCGACCUCCUGUAUUGCGUGAUUUUCCCACAGCUGGUCUGCGUGUUGCACUUCCCCUACACCAACAUCUACGGGGCUAUAAGCGGCUUUCUCUCCGGUUUUCUUUUGCGCUUGCUGAGCGGCGAACCACUGCUCGCAAUUCCCGCUGCACUCCUGUACCCUGGCUGGAAGGAAGAAAAUGGAAUUAUCAGUCAACGCUUUCCUUACAGAACUGUGGCCAUGCUGUCCUCCCUGAUAACUAUCAUCAUGGUGUCUUAUUUGAUAGAAGUGAUCUUCUCUCGCCACCUAAUUCCUCAGUCUUGGGACGUUCUUGGAGGGCUUCAAUCCAAAAAGCAGACUGAGGAAGAAAACCAGCCCAACAACACUGAUGAUAGGAAGUUAACUUUUUCUACAAACCUCUGAGUUAAACCUCAUUGCAGCCAAGGCACAAAACUAGAUGAGAACAGCUUGGAGUUUCUUUUCUGAUCUGCGGAGCCGACUGCAUCCAUUUAGAAUCAUUGAAUGGAGGAUUCCACACUUUCUUUAAGCGCUGUUGUUGUUUUUUUGUCUAGGUUGUGCCUCUAAAGUUAACAUUUGUUGAGGAAAACGUUUUGCUGACUCAAAAGGUGAGUUUGACUUUUGUUUUGUGGGAAAUCCCUCUCUGUGAGUGAAACUAAUCAUAUUGAAGAAACUAUUUGCAUUUUUCUUUUUGCAGUUUAUUUAAGUUGCUGCAGCAAGGAGUCACUCAACAGAAUAUGUGCCAGUAAGCACUCAAUGUCUCUAUUGGCCUUGUGUUUUUUUAUUAUUUUAUUUUUUUUACAGAGCCUUGUGUGUAUGUGAGCAAUACACAAUCGCUGUACAGGAAACAUAACAAAAACAAGGUCCUCUGCAGUUUUUAUCGCCUCCGUGUGGCUCAUAAACCACUGCGGUCCGUCAGCCACUCACUGUUGUGUCUUCUUCAGCAAAAGCAAACUUUGAAACCUUGAACUUUCAUAUCCUUUUGCAAGAUAUCGUCACUAGAGGACCAGAAAAACAUAGAUAUACAAUUACAGGUUUACACAAACAGAUGCCUGACAGCACAGAUUGGAGCUUCUAGCUUUUUCAGGGAUUGUCUUUGCUGAUUGGUUUCAAAAAUGGGCUUCUAUUUUACUUAAAGACCCCCUCCGAUCAUCUUUUGAUCUAUUUUCAAAGCGUUCCCCAAGGUCUUUUAAUAAUGAAUAUGAUGUUUUAGCCAAAGUCAACAAACCUUUCAUUUUCUAGGACAUAGUUUCUACAGAGCGGCAGUAGUUCAUUGGAAAUUUGCCUCUCAGUUGUGGGUGGGCCGAUUGAUGCAGAGCAACCCCGCCCCCCUUCCCUUCCUUGUUCUUGGGAGCUCAGGGUAUUUUCUACGUCACAAAUACAACCUUUUUCAAAUGGCAUUUUUGUCUGCUCCAGAUUCACAGUAAUUUGAAAAAGAAAUACAAUUUUGAGAUUAAUUGUUUUUAAAAGGUUUCCUCCGUCAUCAGAAAAAUGUCACAAGAACAUGUUAAAAGCACCAAAAAGGGAUUCUCAUCAGAGGACGUUUUUUGUUUUUGCUUGAUUUGUGAGAUAAGUCAAGCAGAUAUGUUAGGAGCUAGUGACAUCUGCAAAAAAUUACGAAAUGUUGAAAUAUUUUUAACAAAAACAUAUUAAGAAGUUGUAUGUGUGUAUUACAAAGAAAAAAUCAACAUUUAUACUUAUUUUUGUCUAAAUUUCUCUAUAAAUGGUCUAGACAUUUUUUUUAAUUGUUAGUUGUGUUACUUUGUUUAUUAUUACCCUAAUAUCGCUAAUCCAAAAUUUAGUAAAGUAAAAUAAUUGAAAGUUUUGUUUUUAAAUCGUAUUAAUGGCCAGUCGAUUAGCUGCAUCAUGUAUCCUUUUUUGUAUUCGUUGAUAAUUUUUAAAAUUCUUUUGGAUAAAUGAUUACUUUGUUUACUAUAUUAUUUAUAUCGUCUAUAUUCUUACUAUAUGCAUUUAUUAUCGGGCACUGGUGUGUUUUGAUUCCUUCUCAGAGACUGUUCAAAUGUUUUUACAGUCUAUGUUCCUUCUCCAGCGUUCAAGCACUAUUAAACUGUAAUGCGUCUUUGUAGCAGCAGAGGGCGACACUUCAGCACCUAAAAGGGUCCUCGAGGUCUUUCGUCUGGACCAAUAAGUCUCAGGGAAUGUGACUCCAUAGUGGAGCUAUUGAAUACAGUCUUGUUCACACAAAAAUAAUACAAACGUUGAGGAUGUUUUUGUGGUUUACUUUGUUUUUAUAUUGUAGGUACUGCACUUCAAUCAGUGGCAUUAUUUACCUCAUUAAGCCUCAAAUUGACUAGCAAAACACUGUCAUAAAAAGCAAUGAUCUGUCUGUUAGUGAAAUAAAAAUAAUUGCAUUAGUAGAUUUGAUUAUGAAACAUAAAAACAAGAAAUUCCGGGUAACCUGGUGAUGAAACAUGCUCAGUUGAAGAUUUCUGAAGUUGUACAGAAGCUCUUCUGAAACAAAGUGUAAAACGUUAAUCAUCUUUAGUCUGCAGACCACCAGCAGGUUGAACAAUAAAAGCUCCCACACUGGGGGCUGUCUCUGCUGCUUCUGUGGGAUGAAAGGAAAAUGAAAGCAGAGACGAUUCUUAGAAAGCUCCAUUACCAGGUUUUACUUUGGGCCCUAGAGUUCACUGUUAACAAAAAUGGUCUACUAUAAAAUGGUUUGAAGUUGCAAAUUUUUUUUUUUUUUUUUUUUUUUACCUUACAUUAAAAAUGGCCUGAUCUGAUGUGUACACAUAUACAACAAACUUGCUUUGACUUUUACAAGACCACAAGUUCUGUUUUUUUUCACAUUUUAGGUUAAAAGUGAAAUUUUAGUCAGCAGUUUUCAAAGCUGAAAACAAUGAAAAGUUCCACAAAAAAAAAAAAAAAAAAAAACUUCAUGGGCAUUCGGAUGUUUUUGUAUAUUCUUCUGUGCACGGUAACUUUUUAAAGAAUAAAGAUUGGUACUCAAUUGUCAAAUUAAGUCAAUAUGUGAUUUAAAUACUCACAACAAUAUAUGUUUUGAAUAUUGA